UGGCACUAAGGUUAAAGGGGAGGUUCUCAUCAGCCAGCAGCUUGCUCACUCUCUUAACAAUUUGGGACAAACACAGCUCUACUGUUAAUGAAAAGAGGCUCCUGGCCCCUUCCUGCCAACACUGAAUACCAUUCAAUUCUGAACACAUCGCCGAAGAAGGGGGAAAGCCAAGCAGCUCUGUUAAAGAUUAUUGCGUGGAUGCAGGAGAACCCACAGGACAGAUCAUGUGCUCAGUCACAUUGGGACGGAUUUGUACAUUUCUGCUUUUUGCUUGCUUUCUGAAUGACGGGAGAUGCGAAAGAGCCUUCCGAUUCUGCGGUGUUAGAAAGCACAGCAAUGAGACUCAGAAGCUCCAGCUGAACGUGACGCGAGGCUGCAGUGAUCUGAGCAUCUCAAGCAACGCGGAUACCCUGUUCAUCGGAGGAGAGCUCACUAUCAGCUGUGUGAACACAUCCAGCAUCAGCCUGCCCCAGGGCUCAGGACUGGAGACUUCUUUCUGUGUGUACUGGGACGGGUUCCUGGACUUACUGCGGCUCGAAUACAACACAACUAGAAAUUUUACUCUCUGUGGUCCUUCGACUCCGCAGACCACUUGUUGCACCGACUUAUCCUUAAACAAUAAUAGUGGCAGUAAAGAUGUAGGCAUUUUCAAAGGAAGUGUACGUGGAGAUAUUAUUGAAGAGAAUGCCCAGGAGUUCUAUAUCUUCAGAGGGGAAAGCAAUCGAUGUGACGUAGCGGUGUGUAAAGACCUGUUAAACACCAGUAAUGGACAAACAGCUAUGAAAUCGGGGCGAGGUGAUGAGUUGGAGAGGUUACUGAUGCAGUCAAAGUUCACGAGAGACAUGCAGGACUUCGAACUGCCCUGUGGAAUCCAAGCCGCAGUCUUUAAAUUGGGACCUGAUUUUAAGGGCAACACCGUGGUACGACGGGAAGGCAGGUUCCCUGGCAUCAACAAGCCCCCCUCCGUGUACAUCCCUCCCACUCUGCUGGGAAACAAAACCAGGGCACGGAAAACACCAAAAAUUAUCUGUUUGUUUCAUAACAACAACAGCCUUUUCCAGGACAAAAACAGCGUGAUUUUAAACGGGGAUGUCGUUGGAGUGACGGUUGAAAACGAAGUCAUCGCUGACCUUGUUGAGCCAGUGAUUUUUACCUUUUUUCACAAGAAGCAGCCAGAGAAUAUGACGAGAACAUGUGUUUUCUGGGAUGGGCUGCCACAUGAAGGCAAAAUGUUUUGGAAUGAAUCGGGUUGUAAAACUUUGAAGAGUGACACUCAAACUGCAUGUCAUUGCGAUCACUUGACCUAUUUUGCAGUGCUGUUGCAAAUUUCCAAUAAGCCUGUGCACAAUCUGGAAGCACAGACAAACAUCACCUACAUCGGAUGUGGGAUCUCUGCCUUGUGCUGCGUUCUCACUAUCGGGCUGUUUUUGUGUCAGAGGAAAUGUACUUCUGACAAAUCCAGCUUGAUCCACAUGAACCUAGCCGUGGCUCUGCUCCUGCUGAACGUCAGCUUUCUUUUAAAUAUGACUCUGGCUUCUCUGUGUAAUGAAGGAGUGUGCCUCUUGCUGGCCCUCAUGCUGCAUUACUCCCUGCUCUGCUCCUUCACCUGGAUGGGAAUCGAAGCCUACAAUGUCUACAGGCUGCUGUGUCAGGUGUUUCGCACAUACACGAGUCUAUACAUGCUCAAGCUCUGCCUUGUGGGCUUUGUGCUCCCUGCUGCUUUUGUGUGUGGAUUUGCUUCAAGAGGUGCUUAUGGUUUGUAUCGCAUCACAUCCUCAACAGGCACUGAAACAACAAUGUGCUGGAUACUGCAUCCGCUGGUCCAUUACAUCGCAAACGUUGGGUACUUUGUUGUGAUUUUCCUCUUCGGUAUCUCCAUGUUGGUGGUUACAGUCGUCAGGAUCAGACAUACAGAGAAACACAAAUGCACUCCAGAGAGGAGUUCCUGGAAGCUGGUCUCCUCGGUGCUGAUGCUCACCUGUCUGUUUGGAACCACCUGGGGGCUGAAUUUCUUCUCCUUCACCUUUACUGGACAGCUGUUAUCCACCAUCCUAAACUCCCUGCAAGGUUUCUGCCUUUGUGUGCGUUACUUUCUCAUGAGACCCAAACAAGGCACCAGUGGAUCCAGGUUAAGCAAGUUUUGGUUGGGUUCAUUGAGAAACACUUCAUCCAGUAAUGCUGCAGAAUCUAAAUCACUGAACUCUUAGUAGUACAAGCACAUGUGCAUCUUCAGCAGAGAUCAUGCUGCGCCGUGCUUCUGACUCAAGAGACCUCUUUUGUGUUAAAUGCAUCUGUUGCCACUAUGCCUACAAUGGUAAAUGUGAUUGCAUUUGAAUAGAAAUUCUUAAACCCUUAAAACACACAAGCAGAAAAUGACAUUAUCAAGCCCCAGAAUUCCAACUGAAGAGAUUCCAUGAAAUUAUUUAGAACAAAAAAAACACACAUACUGUACUAUGGCCAGCAGGUGGCGCAGAAUGUAAAUACGGUAAUAAUGCUAUCAGGGCUGUUUCUGUUUAAAGCAGCAUUUUAAAUCUCUAGUCGUGCGGUAUGCUGAAGCCUUUUACUUCUCUUUUCUAUCAGCGAUUUUCUGUUCUUAAACUAUCUAACAUUCUACGUGCAAUAAAUGUUUUUGUUUAACGAGGGGGGGGGGGAGGGGGGUACAUUUUUUUAUUAGUUUUUUAACUUAAGUUUUACCUAUUAUUUGUAUAAAUUACAUUUGUUUUUGUUUGAAUAAAAAUGGUUGUUGUCUUAAUAAUAUAUAUAUAUAUAUUUUUAAAUAAAGUAUGGUACAUGUUGUUGUCCAUGUAGUUUUCCAGAGAGAUGUUCUUUUCAAUGGGAACCGUGAAAAACACCCCUAACUGUAUAGCAAUUCAAAACAGCAAAGCCCAUCCAGUAUUGUCUGCACAAUGGGCCCGUUUCACAAGGAAUAUUUUGUUGAAGACUGUUUUUUAAAGUCCAUGUAGAGUAUUUAAACCAGGUUCAGUGCAGUUCAGGAAUCCGGUUUCAGAAAGGGUUUAUUAGUUGAUUCUCAUCUUUCAAAGCACGGUUUAACCCUAAGAAAUAGCUUCUUAACACCCUUUAAAGAAAGCUUCUUAACACCCUUUAAAGAAAACAGACCUCACAGUCUAGUGAAUAGGUGCUCAUGUGGCACCUUUUGUGAAUAAAUAUUUUUUUGGUAGGAUCAAAUACUGACUAUUACUUUUUGCAAUUAUAUUACAGGGCAGCAGGGUGGAGUAGUAGGGCAGCAGUGUGGAGUAGUGGUUAGGGCUUUGGACUCUUGACUGGAGGGUCGUGGGUUCAAUCCCUGAUAGGGGACACUGCUGCUGUACCCUUGAGCAAGGUACUUUACCUAGAUUGCGCCAGUAAAAACCCAACUGUAUAAAUGGGUAAUUGUAUGUAAAAAUAAUGUGAUAUCUUGUAACAAUUGUA